GUUCGCGGAGUACAAGUACGUUGGAAUUUUUCGUUAGCUUUCGCACGACACAUUCAUUUCGCGCUAAAGUAUUUUCGUUUUUUCCAAUUAGCACAAGUGUGAAUUUUAAUUAAAAUUAGCUUCUUCUAAUUUUAUAUAAAGCUAAAAUUAAUAAUUAAUUUACAUUCAAAGCUAUGCAAAACAUAAAUAAGUUUUCCAUGUUUUGUGUCAAGAGUGCAGUGUGCCCAGCCCAUAAAUUCAACUAAAAAGUUAAGCCUUUGUCUCACUCACACCCGUCGUCGUCGAUCCAUUCCAUCCAUACUUAAAACCAUUCACAAUUUUUUUUUUAGUUUAGUUUAUUGGAUGCAAUUUAUCAAUUGAGGCCAAUCUUUAAACACUAUGGGUGACUGCUGUCAAUCAUGCAUGGCGCGAAUACCAUAUGCCACUCUAAUAGCCACCCUCAUGUGUUUACUGGGGGUGGGUAUAUUCUGUGGAACGAUGUAUCGUGGUGCUUCGCUCACGAUAAUCAUGAUGGACCAGGUUUUCCACUUGCGACUAAUAUGGAUUGAAGCCGUGCAGAUGAUAUUCACGAUAAUUGCAGCAGGGAUGGCUGCUCUUGGAUUUAUGAUACUAUUUGUGGGAUUCCUUGCAACUGGUGCAACUCGGUACAAAGUGUAUCGAGCGUGGCGGUCUCGAGUGGGCGGACGAAUUUCCUGUGCAGUGUUGAUGGGACUGACAUAUUUGUUGAAUUUCGUUUGGACGUUGAUUUUAUGCUUCCUUGUGAUUGUAACAUUUAUUUACACGAUGUUCUGGAAUAUGUGCUCGAGUGUUGAGAGGUCGUUGAGCUGCAUUGACUUGACACAAUUUUAUUUCAUGUUCCCAGCAAGUACGAAAAUUGAAGAAAUGAAAAUUUGCGAUAAAUACGAAAUUAAAGCAUUCUGCAAAGAUGGUGUUGAAAAUGCCGAAGUAAUGUUCAUUCUAGCUACUCUGGCAACUCUAUUGGUCAUUCUUAGCUUGGUGCAUUAUCUUAUGUGCCUCUCAGCAAACUAUGCCCACAUCAGAGAUCAUGAAAAAUUCCAAGAACUCCAAGAAAUACAAAAUCUAAACGAACUCGAGUAUAGUGCAACAUCAAAAGAUCGUUUCUAGGACAUAUUCCAGAAGAUUCAUUUUGAGCUAAAAUAAAAAUUAAAUUUUUUAAUUUAAUUAUUAUUAAAUUCCAAACCUGCCACAAACCGUUCAACACGUUCAUUUUUAUCCCCUUUUGUAUAUUAUUUUUUAAGAUUAGUUUAAUUUUAUAUUUCUUUGGCUUAAAUUCAGUUGUUUUUCUUUUUUUUUGAAUUAUAUUUGUUUUAAACAAAAUGAAAAAAUCAAAACUAAUUGCCAAGCCACCAAGAGAUCAACAUAUCACUAGAAUGUAAUAUUAAAUAAAACAAAAAAAAAAAACAAUCACACAAACAACAUCGAUACAUCACACA